AUGCAAGAAAAAACAAAUUCUAUUGAAGAUAAUUUAGUAUUAAAACAUUUUUAUGAUGAAGAUUUGUAUAAUGAUUCUGAUGAAUAUGGAUUAGAUAUUAUUACACUUCGUUAUACACUUUUGCAAUGUCGUAGGCAGCUUCUUAUCUGGAUUAAAUCCUUGAUUGAUACAGAAUGUGCUUAUACUAAAGUUGAAUUACGUGAAGAUUUUGAUAAAUUAAAACUUGAAUGUGAUAAUUUAAAAAAUGAAACAAGUUUUUUAAGAACUAAUUUUCUAGAAUUAAUUGAUAAUUGCAAAUUUUUAAUUGAUCAAACAACUGAAAUUCUUAUAGAACGAGAUAAUUAUUAUUCAGAAUGGGAAUUUAGUAGAAAUAUUCUAACUCCACGACCUGAUUGGAAUAAAUGUUCUCAUCUUAUAACACAAUGGAAAAAUUUAUCAUUGGGCAAAACAAGUGAACAAUUAGUUGAUAUAUUAAUUAAUGAAAUAAAUCAUGAAAAUAUGGAAAAGAAAGAUACAGAAUAUUUUUCUAUGAUGAUUAAUAAUAAAAAUGUAUUUGUUUAG